GUCUAUCCCAGACUCCUUGUGCUUUCCAUCCCUUAUCCAGUCUUGCAUCCGCUUCUAUCCUCAACUCCAGCAUGGCUACAAAAUGGCCACUCUCAAAGGUCCGCAAGACCUUCAUCGACUACUUUGAGCAACAUGGUCAUACUCAUGUUGUGUCUUCUUCCACCAUUCCUCAUGGGGAUCCCACUUUGAUGUUUGCCAACUCAGGAAUGAACCAGUUUAAACCUAUUUUCCUUGGAACUGUCGAUCCCAACUCGGAUCUGGCUAGACUGUCCCGUGCUGCCAACAGUCAAAAGUGCAUUCGUGCUGGUGGAAAACACAACGAUCUCGAGGAUGUUGGCCGAGAUACUUAUCAUCAUACUUUCUUUGAAAUGCUUGGAAACUGGUCUUUUGGCAACUAUUUCAAGACCGAGGCAAUUGAAAUGGCUUGGGAAAUUCUUACAAAAGUAUACGGUCUUCCAAAAGAUCGGCUUUACAUUACCUACUUUGGUGGUGACAAGUCGCUUGGUUUGGAAUCUGAUAUUGAAGCUAAACACUUGUGGCGCAACAUUGGUGUCGAGGAAGAUCAUAUUAUUCCAGGAAGUGUCAAGGACAACUUUUGGGAAAUGGGUGAUCAAGGUCCAUGUGGCCCUUGUAGUGAAAUCCAUUUUGAUCGCAUUGGUGGACGUAAUGCUGCUGAUCUGGUCAAUAUGGACGAUCCUGAUGUUCUUGAAAUCUGGAAUCUGGUUUUCAUGCAGUACAAUCGUGAAGUCGACAGGUCCUUGAAACUGCUUCCCAAUAAGCAUAUUGAUACUGGCAUGGGUCUUGAGCGUUUGGUGUCAAUUUUACAAGACAAGCGUUCCAACUAUGACACUGACGUUUUUACUGGCAUUUUUUCUGCUAUUCAAAAACUCACUGGUGUCAGAGAAUAUCAAGGUCGGCUCGGUGAAGCUGAUCAGGACGGCAUUGAUACUGCUUACCGUGUCAUUGCAGAUCAUGUUCGUACUCUUACCUUUGCCAUCAGCGAUGGAGGUGUUCCCUCUAAUGAAGGUCGUGGGUAUGUCCUUCGGCGUAUUUUGCGUCGCGGAGCUCGUUAUGCGCGCAAAAAGUUCAAUGUUCCAAUUGGCUGCUUUUUCUCCAGUUUGGUAGAUACUGUUGUUACUGAAAUGGGUGACGCCUUUCCUGAAAUCACCGAGCGUGUAGACGAUCUCAAGGAAAUUCUUGAUGAAGAAGAGCGCAGCUUUUCAAAAACAUUGGAUCGUGGCGAACGUCUUUUUGGCGAAUACCUUGCCAAAACUAAAGCUUCGGGUGGAAAAGUCAUUAGUGGGGCUGAUGCAUGGAGACUCUAUGAUACCUAUGGUUUUCCUGUUGAUCUCACUCGUUUGAUGGCUGAGGAAAACGGGCUUACCGUUGACGAAGUUGAGUUUGAGCAAGAGCAAAAGAUUGCCAAAGAGAGAUCUCGUGGUCGUAAUGAAAAGGAGACUGGCAUAGUAGUCUCAUUGGAUAUUCAUGCUAUAGGAGAGCUCGAGGCUAAUCCCAAUGUUCAGCCUACUGAUGACCAGUACAAAUAUGGAUUUGAUGAUAUUAGUUCCAAAGUCAAGGCGCUUUUUGUCAAUGGAAAGUUUGUCGAGUCUGUAUCUUCCACAAACCAUCAAGGUCGAUUUGGUGUGAUUCUUGACAAAACCAACUUUUACGCCGAGCAAGGUGGCCAGCAGUUUGAUACUGGAAGUCUAACAGUUGAUGGAAGUCUGGAGUUUGCAAUUGAGGAUGUACAGGUUUUUGGUGGUUACGUGCUUCACAUUGGCUACCUCAAGUACGGAUCCCUUUCCCUCGAUGAUUCUAUUAUGUGCACGUAUGAUGAGUUGCGCAGAUGGCCAUUGCGAAAUAACCAUACUGCCACACAUGUGCUCAACUAUGGACUAAGAUCGGUUAUUGGAACCAUUGUUGAUCAGAAAGGAUCAUUGGUAUCCCCCGAAAAGUUGCGAUUUGAUUACUCUUGCAAGGUAAACAAAUGCUUCGAGUAUAAUAUAUACUCACGGCGAAAGAUUGGGCUAACUGCUGAGCUUGCCAAAGUUGAAAAAAUCACCAAUUCUUUCAUUGCAAAGAACGAUAUUAUUUACACUUCCGAGGUUUCUCUUGCGCUUGCCAAGUCUAUCAAUGGACUGCGUGCAGUGUUUGGAGAGGUCUACCCAGACCCUGUCCGCGUCGUUUCGAUUGGAUUUCCAAUUGAUGAAAUGCUCAAAGAUCCAUCCAAUGCCAAGUGGGCUGAAACCUCUAUCGAGUUUUGUGGUGGAACUCAUGUCCAGAGAACGGGUGACAUUAAGCGGUUUGUGAUCAUCGAAGACUCUGCUCUGGCCAAGGGUAUUCGCCGAAUUGUGGGUGUUACUGGCGACGAAGCGCUUAAAUAUCAGAAGCUUGCCGAUGAAUUUGAAAUUAAACUCGAGCAGUUGCGCAGAAUCAAAGGUGCUUUGUUUGAAACGACUUUGAAGGAGAUUGGCAAGACGCUUGAUUCUUCGGUGCUUCCAGUUCUUCGUAAGCAUUCACUUAAAGAGACUUUUUCUGCCAUCAAAAAGGACUUUGAUGACAAGGACAAGGCACGCAAGGCUCUUGAAUCCAAAGAGGCUGUUGAUACUGUCAAGUCAUUCUUUGAAGCCAAUCCAGAAAAAACCGUGUUUGUAUCGGUGAUUAACCAAUCUGGCAACACCAAAGCUCUUGCUCAGGCUAUUGCUCAUGUUCGUACACUAAAAGACAAGGCUGCCAUGUUGAUUGCGGUGGAUCCUGAAACGAGCAAGGUUGCACAUCAGUGCAUUGUACCCCAGAUUCUUAUUGAUCGUGGACUAAAAGCUACAGAAUGGGCUGAUGCAGUAGCCAGUAAAGUCGGUGGUAAAAAGGGUGGAUCUGAAUCUGCUGCUCAAGGUGCUGGUGAUCGUGCUGCAUCAGUACAAGAAGCUGUCGAUGCUGCCACUGCAUUUAUUGCGAAGCUAACUAUUUAAAGCCUGUUCGUGUUGACGAUUUCAACCUUUACACUUCUUGUACUCUCAUCUAAGGGCUACGCAGUUGUUUUUUGAGUUGGAAAUAUGUAAUCAUUGAAAUACAAAUAGGUUUUGAUUUA